AUGGAUAGAGACUACGUUGUGUUUGAUGAUUGUAAUGGCAGUCAGGUUGGUACUUAUGAAGAGUUCUUUGGUGCUAUUGAGAGCUUGGUUUUGAAUGCAUCAGAUGCAAAAUCUAAAAAAAUAUCUAAAACUGUACCUGUAAAUUUAUUAUCUGAUGAAAUGAUUCUAUCACCAAUCAGUGAUUGUAAUGGCGAAAGGGGCGAUAACUCUCAGUUCUCUGACGAUCUUGGUUUUGAAGAUUCUUUUGAGAAGCAAAGUCUGGAAUCUACAGAUGCUUUCCUAGAGAAACUGAGGCAUAAUAACAGUUUGCAGAAGAAAACUGUGGGAUUAGGGAUACAUGUAGAGAAGUCAAAUUACAAAAAUUCAGAAGGCGAAGAUUAUAUAGUGGUUCCAAAAAUCGAUUCCACCUCAAGAAGAAUCCAACCAAAAAGGUUAUUUUUCUAUUUAUCACUUGAUGGGAUUUCGCAGAAAUUGCAAAAGCGUUUGUCUUAUUGCAACGCACAAUUAUCCAUAAAGAUGCAACGGAAAUGCGUUGUUUUGCAAACUGUAAAAAUACCAAUAACCUCCAUCAAUAUAUCAAUCGUUUUCCAAGACAUACUGGUAUUUCCAAGCGAUUGGAUCCAAAGCCACGACCAAGUUAACGUGCUCUUACAGGUUCACGGCCAAGAUCAAAAUCGCAACUUGAAAAGUGAUGAAGACCGUGUAAGUAGUAAUCCAUUUGCUAUGAAGUUCUCUGGGAAAGCAAAAUAUCUAAGGAAAAAAAAGGUUGUAGAAAAAUUAAGUGUCUCCCACACUUUUGAAUUUUUAAAGGGUAUGAAUACACUAGGUUGCAAUAAAGUUGAUCUUAAAAAACUUAUGAAGAUAAAAAAUGAGGAGAAGAGAAUUCCACUUUUUAGUAGUCCAUCAGAAUUAAUUAAACAGGAAUUAAAAAAUCCAUCACAAAAUGUAAUAGCAACACUUGUACUGCACACAUGUGGAUCGUCGUAG